UUUCCCUCUUCGGCUGGUUCGUUUCCGUUCGCGCGGCGAGAGCUUCCAACGAGUCGCUUGCCAUUGCCUUUGUAGGGUUUGCUGUUCUGCUUCGCGUGAAGUAGAGUUCUAAAAGAGUCGAACCUUCUCCGCCUCGUCCUCCGGCGUUUUUCCUGUGGAAUCGGAAGUUGCACAGGGAGCUCGCCGCGAAGGAUUUAGCUCAAAUCCUGCCUAAAUCCUGCAUCCAAACAGGCCUUAAAGAGAGAGACAUGGAAUCGCAGCUAGGGGGACGAAGCGAAGAGGAAGAGGUGGCGGCAGCCAUGGAGGCACAAACAGAUGUUGAUCUUCUGAAGAAGGCGUGGCGGAACGAGAAGGCGGCGCCGGAGAUCCUCCAGUUUGAGGCUGGCCUGGUUCAAAGGGCCAGGGAGCAGAUUCAGCUCCUCGAGGAAACGGUCGAGGAAUUUACUGAGAAUAGAUCCGAUGAUCUUGUGGUGCCUCUCUAUCAAAUGGACUUAGACCGGGCACUAUUCCUUUUAAGAUCAUACCUAAGAAUCCGUCUACAAAAGAUUGAGAAAUAUAAGGUCCACAUUUCAAAAACUAACCUUUGGAAUCGUCUUUCUGAACAAGAACAAAGGUUUGCGAAGAGGUGCAUAGAUAUUAUGGAAAAACAUCUUGAUCAAUCUGUACUAUCAAGACUGCCUUACGGCUACCAGUCCAUGCUGAAACAAUCUAUUUCAAGUGAAGAAGAUGAUAUGGUGCCAGAGCCCCAGCUAAAUACCUAUGUGUUUUGCAAGAGCAAGAGCGAUGUCGGAGCUUUCCAGUUGGAUGACAUGGGAGAAGAGAUUGUCGACCUGGUUGCAGAUGAUUUAUAUGUUCUAAGAUACAAUUCUAUAAAAGGUCUGGUAGAUGGUGGACGCAUUGACCUUGUAUGACACAAGAGCCCUGGUAACUUUAUGACCUGUGAAAGUUUCAACCACUAGAGUUUUACUCAUUUAUUAGUUUCGCUUUUUUUAUUGUUUUUAUAAUAGGAUGGAAAUAACUCUUGUUAAUUAAGUUUAAUAUGUUUAUUGCGAUAUAGUGGAGAGCAUUAUAAAAAUCUCAAUCGGAAACGAGAUUCAGUUACUAGGCUUUUAGCCAAUCUAAUCUUCAGCUGUGCUGGUUAGGCCUAGGAUCAUAUGGGGGUUGAUUGAUUUGCUCAAGAGCUAAGCUCUUAUCUUGGUUAAACAAUGCCUAGCUUUCUUA